UCCUGGUGUCCACAGCCAAGUUUAGCGAGGAGUGGAAGGCGUCAAAGUCGAGUCGGUUCUUGUCAACAGGACUAUGAGCGCACCGGAGGACAAUGGCGGAGGCCGGUGCUCUUGAAGAACUCCAAUCAGAACUCACCUGCCCGGUCUGCUUGGAGCUCUUCCGCGACCCGGUCAUCCUGGAGUGUGGUCACCACUUCUGCCAGGUGUGCAUCGUCCAGUGCUGGGAGGCCAAGGCGGACGAACUCGCUACUUGUCCCAAGUGCCGCAAGACUUGCGGGCGUAAACUUCGACCCAACUCGCUCCUGUGCAACGUGGUGGAUAGUGUUCGUCGAGCCCGGGCCAUGGACGCCGCCGCCGGGGUCGUGCUGCUGCCCGGCUACGAUGACCCGGAUGGUCUGCCCGAGGAGCUGGAAGAGCGGGAGCCCGGGUCGAGCAUGGGCAGUGUGGCUUCAUCCAUCGGCCUCUGGCCGCGGCUUUAUGGGCCGGACGUGUGCGAGGAGCAUGAGGAGAAACUGAAGCUUUACUGCGAGGACGACCAGCUGCCCAUCUGUCUGGUCUGCGGCAUGUCGAGGGACCACAAGACGCAUAAUGUCAUCCCAAUCAACGAGGCCUUUGAGAACUACAAGGAUAAGCUGUCUGUGGCUCUGGAGAUAGUUCAGCUCCAGUCAGAGGAUGUCUCACUUUUCCAAAAACAAACCAAUGAGAAAAUCCUUCUCAUAAAGGAGCGAGCUGGUGAUUUAGAUGAGCAGAUCACUGCGGAGUUUCGUCGUCUUAGAGAGUUCCUCCAGGAGGAGGAGGAGCGUGUUAAGGAGAAAGUGCAGAAGCAAAAAGAGGAGAAAGUGACCCAGCUGGAGGAGGCGCUCACAGAGGCCACGCAGCAAAGCAGUCGGCUGGAGAGCACGGCGGAGCAGCUCCAACUCAAACUGUUGGAGGAAGAGAACCCUGAGCAACUGAAGGGGAUUAAAGACUUCAUUGGAGGGGCUGAGAGUUUGUUUGAGCGCCCCCCAGAGGUGAGUGAGGAUCUGCAGUCAGGAGAGUUUCUCGGACCUCUGCAGUACAGGACCUGGAGGAAGAUGAGCAAGGUUUUUCAGCCAGCUGUGACAGCAGUGGUCCUGGACCCGGACACGGCCUACCCCUGCCUUUGGGUUUCCUCGUGUCGCACCAGCGUCCAGGUGGGCAAACUCCAGCCCAACCUGCCCAACAACCCGGAGCGCUUCACUCGCUACAACAUCGUCCUGGGCACCGAGGCCUUCUCGGCGGGCCGACACUACUGGGAGGUGGAGGUGGGCUCCAAGACGGCGUGGGGUCUCGGCGUGGCUCAAGCCUCCGUCAACAGGAAGGAGGAGGUCAACCUCUGCCCCGAGGACGGUUUCUGGACUGUGGUGCUGAGGGACAACGGAGACGGCACGUGCGAGUACGAAGCCUGCAUGGACUCGGAGGAGGACGGCUUGUUGUAUCCCACCAAGCCUCCUCGGCGGGUGGGGGUCUUUUUGGACUACGGCCGCGGAGAGGUGGGAUUUUAUGACGCCGGAGACAUGAGCCACCUGUUUACCUUUUACGAUGCCAAAUUCAAAGAGCCAGUUUUCCCUUACUUCAACCCCUGGCCUAUUAUGAACGGAUACAACCGGGAGCCGCUCACCAUCGUGACGCCGCACUGGCAUUAGGUCAGGAGUGGGCAAUUAAUUUUUACCGGAGGCCGCAUGAGCGACCCGAGCACUGCUGGAGGGCCACAUCGACAAUAUUUCAAUUAAAUUUUGCUCAAUAUUAUUUUUGAUAUACCGUAAGAUUAAUAAUAAUAAUUUCAUUUAACCUAA